AUGCCGACAAGCUUCGGGUAUAAUCACCCACCGCUGUUGACGACCGAACGGGACCUAACUCUAAGUAGCGUCUGCCCAACCUCAAGCGAUGAUCAUGUAUCUGUAUGUACCAGACACCUAUCUGUACAGAUAGCGGCCACCAUGAACAGGACUUCUGAUUUGUCGAGACCUCACUCGCCUUGCGUUGAGUCGUGCAAAUUUUGGAAGUUGAGAAGCACUAGGCGCAUCUUGCAGGGAGUUCGACGAGGAAGGCAUCGCACUCUGAAGCUUUGUAAGGCAUGUUUGACUGUAUCUACAGUCUCAAUUCGCCGUCCUGGGAAGCUCAUAGUGGGAUGCAAAGUGAGAGAAUGGGCUUCAUAUCGCUCUUUUCGGCUACAGGGAUUUACAGCUUACACCGUGCGGCUUCUCGUCCACUACGAUUUCUCUUGUACGGCUUUUGUCAGACCGUACGACUUUUAUCUCUCGUUUUCCAAGCCGUACGAGAAUUCCAGCCGUACGAAUCAUCUCGUCCACUUUUUGGGCCCUACGGUUGAUCUCGUCCAUUUCUUCACGCCCUACGAUUUGUCUCGUACAUUUCUUUGGGCCGUGCGACUCAUCACGUCCGAUCACACUAGCCUCACGAUUCAUCUCGUCCAGACCUUGGAGUACGAUUCAUCUCGCAUACUCACGGCUUUGCAUUACUCAAUGCGGGCUAAGCAUAGAUUCGCGAUGCUUCCCAUGUCUGUGAUUCUCCCUGAGUCUCACGACAAAGCGACGUUGGAGCGCAGCGCGGCAUAUCUACAGACCGAGCUGGCUAUUUCCCAACGUCGAUACCGGCUUCUGGAAGACGACUUUAUCGAUCUGAAGGAGCGAUACGAGAAGCGAUGUCACGAUCUUGAAGAACAAUUGCUUCGUACAUAUCAACUCUGCAAGCUACAAGAAUUCCAGAAAGAGAAAGCUGUCGCCUACUGCUCAGAUCUCAUUGAUCUCGGUAGACCCGGCCGACAUCAUUGGAUCUCAUUCCUGCCAAUCGCCGGAGCUCUCUGGUUAACCCUGGGCUGGGGAAAUGGCCAAUUUGACGAUCAAUGUCUCGACGGGAAGGAAUCAAGCUGUAUGAUUAUCGGUCCGAAAGGCUUCCCCUGCCUGAUUGGGCAACCGCCCCGCAUAUCCUUCCAGUCACCUGAUGGCAGCCCAACCUCACCUGUUCCAACUUACUCAGUUUUGCCACAGAUAUCAAGCAUAUGUCAAGAAGCCAGCUCCUUGCAAGCGAGGGGUCGUACUCCAACCUCGCUGUACGCUUACUUUUCCGGACCACGUCUCGAACCUGGUCUCGUAUUGUCCCCUGUUUCUCGAUCUUGGUGCGUCAUGAAGCUCGCUGGUAACGUGGGGAUCGACUUUGAGGUCUCCACAGUGAAAGCGAAGACGAUUGCUGACGGGCAGAGAUUUGUUGCUUGCUGCGUAGACAGAGAUUUGAAGCAAGGUCGAAUCUUGAUUGCGCUUAUCGUGGUCAAGACAAUCCUGCAACUCAUGCCUCAAUGA